AAAGGCUGUAAAAACCUCGCUCGGGGCCUCUUAGUGUCACUGACGAGUGUGCGGAGGUCCGGGUUCGAACCUGCAAUAAACGGCCCUUGCCGCUUGGCUUUGACUCUGGACUCUGGUGGUUUGUUCUUGGGGGUCACCCGAAUUUGGGCAUAUCAUUUGGGGGCUCGUCCGGGAUACCCCCAAGCCCUCCAGACCCCAAGUCAACGGGUCGUCCCUGAAGCCGAUCGGGAUGUUAGAACCAGAGGACAGAAUUUGAGUCUAGACAUCCGGAGGGGAAAAUUAAUAACCCUCUGCCACUCCGAAUGGCCAACCUUCGGCGUUGGAUGGCCAACCGAAGGAACUUUCUGCCUACCUAUAAUUGCCAAGGCCCUACCAGCACCAGCCGCCCCGCUAGUUGCCCCCCUAGGGGAACCGGGAAGACGGGAAGUGGCAGCUGCGCCGGAACCAGGAGGACGGGAGGCUAUAGCUGCGCCGGGCCCCAUUGAAAACGAAACCGACCGCAAGGGGCCAGCCGGCCGAACCCGCGGGCGCACCCAGGAGGAGCGAGAGAGGAUCCAAUUAGAAGCAAGAAAGCUGGUUCCCGGAGACGACGGUCAGCCGACAUCUAACCCUGACCUCAUUAAUGCGGCUUUCCCCCUAACCAGACCUCCACAGGAUGAAUGGGACUACAACACGGCAGAAGCUGCCGAGACGCCCAAAGCCUGCAUCCAGGGAAUCGAAGGUCUCCUGCGAACUCUGGGAACCUUAGGCUACCGCGCCUCAGCAAAGAAGGCUCAGAUCUGCAAGUCAGAGGUAACUUAUCUGGGUUACUUACUGAAAGGGGGGCAACGCUGGCUAACGGAUGCCCGGAAGGAGACCGUCCUUCGUAUUCCCAGACCGCAGACACCACAACAGGUGAGGGAAUUCCUGGGGUCGGCUGGGUUCUGCGGACUAUGGAUACCAGGGUUUGCUGAAUUAGCAAAGCCUUUAUACCAGGCAACAAAGGACCAACAGCCCUAUAGUUGGACGGAAGAAGCCGAACAGGCCUUCCAACAAAUUAAAACUGCUCUGCUAUCAGCACCUGCCCUGGGACUCCCCGAUGUCUCCAAACCCUUCCACCUAUAUGUAGAUGAAAACCGAGGCAUAGCUAAGGCGGUGCUAACCCAGCAUUUAGGCCCUUGGCGCAGGCCAGUAGCCUAUCUGUCUAAAAAGCUAGAUCCAGUGGCUGCCGGAUGGCCACCCUGUCUCCGGAUGAUUGCAGCCACUGCCCUAAUGGUAAAGGACGCUGAUAAGCUGACCAUGGGCCAAGAGCUACAAGUCACCACCCCGUAUGCCAUCGAGGGCAUCCUCAAGCAGCCGCCUGACCGAUGGCUGAGCAAUGCCCGACUCACUCAUUACCAGGGACUGCUGCUGAACCCCCUCAGGGUGAUCUUCACCCCCCAGAAGGCCCUGAACCCAGCAUCACUUCUGCCAGACCCAGACAUGGGAACCCCACUUCAUGACUGCGCCGACAUACUGGCUCAAGUUUACGGGGUCCGGGAGGACUUGCAGGACCAACCAUUAUCGGAUGCGGACACCAUCUGGUUUACCGACGGAAGCAGCUUCGUUCACCAAGGACAAAGGUAUGCGGGGGCGGCCGUAACUUCAGAAACUGAGGUGGUUUGGGCAGAAGCCCUACCCUCCGGAACCUCGGCCCAAAAGGCUGAACUCAAAGCCUUAACCCAGGCCCUAAAAUUAGGAAGAGACCGCAAGCUAACCGUGUACACUGAUAGCCGAUAUGCUUUCGCCACCGCUCAUGUACAUUAGGGCGAUAUACAGAGAACGGGGGCUCCUCACAGCUGAAGGGAAAGACAUCAAAAAUAAAGAAGAGAUUCUAGCCCUGCUAGCAGCCUUAUGGGAACCCAAAAAGCUAGCGAUUGUGCAUUGCCCAGGACACCAGAAGGCAACCAACCCAGUUUCUCGGGGCAACAAUUUGGCCGAUCGGACUGCAAAAAACAUAGCUCGGCCCCCAGCGCAAUUACUGACCCUACAGCUGCCAGACCCCGGACCCCAGGAAUUGCCCCCCAGCCCUGAGUAUUCAGAAAGCGACAUUCAAUGGAUGAGUAAACUUCCUAUGACCCGACUCAAAGAUGGCUGGUGGAGAGACCCCAAAAGCAGCAUUAUACUCCCAGAUAAACUAGGGUGACAGGUUCUAGAGCGGAUCCAUCACAGCACCCACUUAGGUUCCCGGCGAAUGUUGGACUUACUGAGACAGACUGGACUAAAAAUCAGAAAUGUCUCCGAUAAGGUCGAUCAAGUAGUCACUAAAUGUACAGUGUGCCAACUCAACAAUGCGAAUAGCAAUCCUCAGGCAACAGGGGUAAGACAAAGAGGGAGCAGACCGGGGACCUAUUGGGAAGUAGAUUUCACUGAGGUAAAACCAGGAAAAUAUGGAUAUAAGUAUUUGCUAGUUUUUGUAGAUACAUUUUCAGGAUGGACUGAAGCCUUUCCAACCAAGGAUGAAACGGCGCAGAUUGUAGCCAAAAAGAUCCUGGAAGAAAUCCUGCCCAGGUAUGGUUUUCCAGUAAUGAUAGGGUCAGACAAUGGACCUGCAUUCAUCUCUAAGGUAAGUCAGGAACUGGCUUCCAUACUUGGGGCUGAUUGGAAAUUACAUUGUGCAUACCGACCCCAAAGCUCAGGACAGGCAGAGAGAAUGAACAGAGCAUUAAAGGAGACCCUAACCAAAUUGACCAUGGAGACUGGCGCUGAUUGGGUGGUCCUUCUCCCCUACGCUCUGUUCAGGGUGCGUAAUUCCCCAUACAAACUGGGACUCACACCCUAUGAAAUAAUGCAUGGUAGACCACCCCCUAUCAUCCCUAACCUAAAAGAUAAC